AUGUUAAAUUUGAUUUCUUGGAAUGUUAGUAGUCUUCGUUCGACUCGUAGGAGGGGUAGAGUUAAGAAGUGGAUUGCCUUGAACAAGCCUGACCUAGUGGUUUUUCAAGAAUCUAUUCUUCCUUCUUGUUCUGACUUUAUUGUUAAACAAAUUUGGGGUCCUAGGGUCUGUGAUUGGAGAGCUCUAGACUCUAUCGGCAGAUCUGGGGGCAUUAUAUGUAUAUGGAAUCCUAAUACUAUUGCCAUUCAAUCUGAAAUUAUUGGGGUAUACUCGAUAAAUUUGCAUUUUAUGACUGUAUGUGAUAGCUUCCACUGGCUUUUCUCUGUUGUCUAUGGUCCGUGUGACACUGUCGAAAGAAGAAACUUGUGGCAAGAACUUCAACUGAUGAGGCUUAUCUGGAAUCUUCCUUGGUGUAUUGGAGGGGAUUUCAAUGAAGUGAGGCUCAUGUCGGAAAGACAAAAUUGUAAUAGCAUCACUAGGGGGAUGCAGGACUUCAGGGAUUUCGUCAAUGAUGAGGACCUCAUUGAUAUUCCUAUUAAUGGAGCUAAAUAUACUUGGAAGAGUGGUAAUGCUAAUCAAAUUAAGAUUGAUCUUUUCAUUAUGUCCGGCUCUUGGGAGGAUCACUUUAAAAAUGUUGUCGUUACCGCUUUAGCUCCUCCGUUCUCUUACCACAAGCCUAUUAAGCUCUCUUGUGACACUGUGGACUGGGGUCCCCCUCCAUGGAGAUUUGAAGCAAUGUGGUGGUUUGAAAAGGACUUCUUAGAUCUUAUGAAGAAGUGGUGGCUCUCGUUCUCGUUUAAUGGAACUCCCGGUUUCGUUUUUGCUAAAAAACUUCAAACUUUAAAAUCUAUGCUGAGAGUUUGGAAUAAAGAAAUUUUUGGUGAAAUUGACAGGAAAUGUGAGAAUAAUCUUUUGGCUAUCAAGUAUUUGGAUCAUUUGGCGGAGGAUGGCCAGUUAGCUAAUUUUCAAGUGGCUAAGCUCAAUCAUUUGAAGUUAGACUUUGAGAAGUAG